AGUUCGGUUCGGUCUAUCAGUGGUUGCUCGCGGUUCUUUGGAACUCAGAAGGUAGAUGGUGACAGAAGCGGAAGGUGGUAGAAAGCACAGUGUAACUUGGAAUACUGUGAAUGACGUUCAUCUUUGCUCAUGCGUGUGCGGUGCGGUCGAAUAAUGCCCUCUGCUUACAGCAAUGAGUAUAUGUGAACAUUUUGUGAAAUACUGAUUAUUUUCAAAUUCAUCAAAAUGCCGUCACAGGGAUUGUUUACCUGGAACCUCGGUUCAAAUAAGAAGCUGAGUCGGGAUGAGGAGAAGGAAGAGAGGAAACAGGGGAAGAGAAGACGGAGAAGAGAGAGGGAGAAGGAAAAGGCGGCGGAAGUUCUGGGCAGGCUCCUGGCGGCGCUGGCGCUGGCGGUGACGGCGGGGGCGGCGGCGAGGGAGUGCGACGCUGGCGGCCAGCGCUUCAAGUACAUGUGGGGAGACGCGCUGUCGGACAGCGCGGACUGCCUCGGCCCCAACGGCGCGCCCUACCCUGCGGCGGCGGUGGCGCGCAUGUUCCGGCCCGGAGGUGGGUCGCGCGCGUGGUUCUCGGAGCGCCAGGGCCGCGCACUCGCCACGGCCGACCCGCACGCCGUGCGGAGAGCGCUGCUGCACAGGUACCGCAACGUCAACGAUGCGGGCGGCGGCGACGGCCGCGCCUCCAGCCGCGCAGGACGAGGUGGAGACAGCUUAAUAGGUCGUGAUACCUGUGGAGGAACUCCCGCUCGUCUCUGUAAGACUCGAUACAACACUACUGCACCAAUGUAUGGAGUUUCUCUUACUUCAGGACAGCCCGUGACCAUUGUUCAGAAAUUUCCAGAUUUACUUCAGCAAGUGGUUUUUGAAGUUUGCGAAUCUAAUGAGUGUGAUGUCGUUAGAGGUGAAUGCACGCAAACAUACGUGCCUUACCUUUUUCUAGUGAUUCCUCUUGGACCUGUGACCUUAACUGGUCAAGACUAUGUUUUGGUAGAAAGUGGGUGUGUAUGCAAACCAAAAUAUGCUGUUCCCAGUGGAUCAGAACCAAGUGCUAUAUCAGCUAUUCCUCAACUCUAAACUAGAAGAUAAAUGAAAAUAUGAUGUAAUUUUGUUACUGUCAACAUAUAGUCAAGAAAAGUGGAACAAUCAUGAACAUGAUUGCAGUUCCUACAGUAGUGUAAAUGAAAAUGAACAAAAAGUAUGAAAAGUGAAUUGAAGAAUAUUGUGUGAUUGACUGGAAUUCCAUUUUUGAAUGGGAGAGAAAGAAAGAGAGACACAGUUGAAAAAUUAUGUAAUUAUUAUUUUAUCCCUAGUGCAAUUCAACUUUAGUUAAUGAGAUACAUCAGUGUUUCAUGGCUUCUUUUGUUGCAAUUUUUAUUUCAGACAUUAUUGAAAUACCAACAACAAUUAUCAUAUGCCCUUUUCUCUCAACAAUGUCUGAUGUGUGAGUGGAGAUUUUUUCAUUAAUGAAUCAAUGAAAAAAUCUAGAUAUUUAUUUAAUUAUUUAUUUAUUUAUUAACUUGCUGAGGCAGAAAUAUAUUACACAUUUUAAAGAGUUGUGUGCUUCCAGAUUAUUGUAAUUAUAGUUCUAUUUACUUGUUAAUUCGAUUCAUUCUAGAAGUAAGUUUUCAUUGAAACGGACUUGUAUGAACGAUGCUAAUAAAUUACUUUUUUUUUAAAUUUUGAAAAUGCCUCCUAGAGUCCUUCAAAAUGCUUGGAGUCAUCAAAUUAAUUGUGAAAGUUUCCUUGAAUUGUUU